AUGGCAGACAUUUCUUUAUUUCCUGAAGAUUUGCUUAGCAAUAUCCUAUCGAGGUUGCCAAUCAAAUAUGUUCUGCUAUCGAGAUCAGUCUGCAAGAAAUGGAACUUUAUGCUACGAAGUUCUGAUUUCUUUUCAUUCUAUUAUAAACACCAGUCAUGUGGACAAGAGAGAUUAGCAAAGGAUGGUGUUUCCUCUUUCAUUGUCCUUGAAUACGUUGAAAAUGCUUCAGAGUAUGACUCAUAUGAUGACCCUGCUCAUGUCUUACUAUCGUUUCUUACCCUAAAGAAAAUGGGCAAUGAGCUAAUCACAACAGUUGACAAAGUGGAAAAUUUUGACAUCCUCACUUCACCAUCAUUGAAGUCAUCAUUGGAGUUGUUAUCCACCCAGGAUGGAAUUAGCGAUGAUCAUAUUAGCUUCGCAAAUGUUUAUGAUGGCAUUAUAUGUCUGGGAACUUACGUUGGUGUCGUUUUGUAUAACCCUUACACUAGAGAAUCUCAAAGGUUACCUUUCCUUCGAUCGAAUCCGUACCUAGAUGAUGAUGAUUAUGUUAUUUUGGGUAUGUGGUUCGAGUCCAAUCAGCAGCCCGGAACAAUAAAACAUUACAAAGUUUUCGGAGUUGUUAAUCUAAAUCAUGGUUUUGAAUGCAAUACUUAUGUGAUUGAGAAAUAUGAUUCUGCUGAGGGUAGAUGGAGUGAAAUCAAGACAAUUCUCAACAGGCCAAAACAAUACUUUUGUGAUAAGUGCUUGUUAUUCAAUGGAAUUUUUUACGUGUAUGUUGAUGGCGAUUCUGUUGUCACAUUAGAUGCAAGAUUAGAAAAGUUUGGACUCCUUCCACUUCCUUCAGAAUUUACAUUUCAGGACUUUAAACAUUUGUGUUUAGAUGACCUAUUUGUUCUUGGGAGAUCUCUAGCCUUGAUUGCAGAAAAUCGUGAUAGUGAUAGAGACUUUUGUCAGGAUAUGUGGAUAAUGACUGAAUAUGGUGUCAAGGAGUCGUGGACAAAGCAAUACACUUUUGUCGAAGAUGGUUUCAAUUUUAUUGAUCCUUCUGGAUUGUUUUAUUAUGGCUGGGGGCUUUUAGCGCAAUGGAAGUGCAUGAACGAGGAUGAGUUAUUCGUUGACUGCACAGUAUCGUCGGAGGAAUGUUAA